AACCACCCUUCUCCCCUUCACCUGUACGCGACGCGCCACUGGAUCCCCCUGAGUGCUCUGCGCUCUUGUGUUCUCUGUUCUGCCUCUCUGUCCGGUUGUUUGAGGCUCGGUCCUCUCUAGGGUGACGCGAACGGCUGUCUUAACUCAUCAGCACGCGCCCAAGCCUUCGAGAACACGCCCGUGGACCAACCCUCCCAAUCAAUCACCCCGCCAUCAGGGUAUCUGGUCCUUGUCUACAUAUACUGCUCAGCUAUUCCAUUGUUUCUUAUUGAUUCUUGGACCUGGAUCAAGUUGUAUCUUGCAAUCUACACGUUGGGACCUUACCCCGCCGCCACGAUGCAGACCGAAAUUGCCCACCCCAUAGAUCUUACUACGCCACGUAGAUUGGAUGUGCCAGAAUCACAGGAGAGCGUAGUAUCUACGAUCUCUAGCACUUUCUCUGCACCAGCUCUAGCCUCGACCUCGAGUAACUUAUCCUCGGAUCAAGAUGAAGCCUCACCGUCCGAGCCCUGUGGCCCUGCAGGUCACAGUAAACCGACACAAGUCCCAAUGCCAGCCUCUACAAGUCGCGCCCAUAAUCAAGCCGCCAAAACAGAUGUGCGACAGAUCGACAUAGCCGCUGCGAACGCGCCGCAAACCGGUCACACAACAGCAACUCCCAUGCCGCUAGUUUCGCCCACCACUCAGGGCUUCAAGAGGAGUGCAGAUGGAUCAGUGAAGGGUGAUGGAUCGACAACAAGUCCAACAGAAAAGACCUCUGCACACAAGCGGAACAAGAGCAUGGAUACACACUCGAGCACUCGAAUUGGGGAGCUAUCCGCCCAACUGAAGACUCGUCUCUCGUAUGCCAUGGUGAAAGUACAGAACGGCUGGGAGAAGCAGUCGCUUGACGAAUUAGAAGAAGUCCAAUCACAGCGCGGAUCGCCCAACUCUGCACCUGGUGGCUCUCGAGUCACGUUUGACUCACCUUCCACCACGGACUAUCGACGGAGACCAAGUGCAAUCUCUGACAGCUCCGAUCAAGUGAUGGUGUCUCCAACCUCCGACUCUGUGCGGUCACAUGCUCUCAAUACAACAUAUUGGCGAUCGACCAACAAGCCAGCGACGAACGCUGCUGCUAACCUCAUAUCCAUCACAGGCGGAAACGUAGGGCUUGGGCUCGCUCCAGCCCCUGAGUUUGAGUCUGCAAGGAGGCGUAGAUCGAGUACUACACAUCCACCCCCAUCAUUGCUAGGAUCAGCGCAAAGAAAGCACCACAGUGAUGUAGGCGCCGGUCAAAGAGCACCAACCACACCUCGAGCGGGCAUCCUUCGCAUGCCCAGUCAGCAAGCGGAGAAGGACGCUGUCGACACAUUACUGUUUAUGAGCAGCCCAAAGAACGCGCAAUACUUCCCCCACACCAGUCAGGCCGGACACAGCUCGCUGCGAGAAGGAGCACCUCAACGGCGUGUUAUGUUCGAAGCAUAUCCACCUCAAGAUAGGCGGAUGGUCUAUCAGCCGCCCAUGCCUACCUCAAGUCACUACUCAGCCGGACCAUAUGCUCCGCAGCCGGCACGGUAACUGACAGGAAAACUCAUCCUACACUUCCUAGGAUCUUUCAACACCCUCAUCUCUAAGGCUCGGCGGACGCAUUGCAUUGUCGGCGUUGUGGUGCGGUGAUACCCACUUGCUUUGUUGCAUUGAAGGCAUAUUCUUACCUCAUCAUAUCAGGAAGACUGUGAAAGUCACUUCUUUUGCAAUUGUUGUCCUUUAUCAGAGACAUACUGGCCAUUGAGCCCUGCAUUGUUAUUUAUCAUACUUUUGAGCCCAAUGGGCCUGCCUGUGAAUCUAGCGAGCAUUCUUAGGAGUAACAACGACCAUUAACGACAAUAUGAAACCAU